GCGCACUGCGCAUGCGCGGAAGUACAACUACGUCACAUCCGGUGUGAGACAUAAACACUCUGCUUCAAACGGCUCAAACAGACUGAAUAUAAACUCAGAUCUGUUCAAAUAUAACUCACAGACAGCAGAGGUGUUUUAUUAAGUUUUAGCGCCGGGUUUUGUUUUUUAAACGGACCAAAUCUCACGUAAACUCGUGUUUUCUUCAGAUGUUUCCUCCUCGGUCCGACUCGGUUUAGAGCCGUGUAUUCGGUUAUUCGUUUACUGUUGUUCUGUUUCGUUAAAGUUGGACUGUAAAGGCCAUGGGAAAGAGGUAUUACUGUGAUUACUGUGAGCGCUCCUUCCAGGACAAUAUGCACAAUAGAAAGAAACAUCUGAACGGCGUCCAGCAUCACAGAGCCAAAAAGGCCUGGUUUGACUUUUUUAAAGACCCUGAAGCUAUUCUCCUGGAGGAACAAGCAAAAAAACCCUGCAGGAUGUUUCUUCAGAAAGGAAUUUGUGACUUUGGACCAAACUGUAGAUUUUCUCACAUGUCAGAUCAGGACUUUUAUCGUCUUAGACGCCAAGUAGAAGGUGGAAAUUCUCAAGAGCAUUUCGAGGACAAAAUUCUGUCUGACAGAAGCGUGGAAGAGUGGCUCACGAGACGUGAAAAGAGGAGAAAUGCCCUUUGUAGCGCAGAAGACGUUAAAACUGACACAGAAGAAUCCCCCGAAGAAACUGACGUUCCUCAACACCUCCUCCUCGUUCCUGACCUGCCGCCGUCGCUCCGGCCGCCGCCUCCGGGAGGAUGGAAAGUCAGUGCAAACACAGAGUGGGGUUGAAAGAUGCUCCGUGUUAUUGCUCAAACAGGACAGUGAAGUGGAAGGACAGAAGUGUGUCAUUUAUAUCUUGCAGUUUUUGAGUGACACUUCUAAUGUGGAAAUACAAGACUUUUAUUUGGGAGUUUCUUGACAUUUCAAACGGCUCAUUCAUCUUUCUGCUGUGAGACGCC